AACCUGACAGGGCACGCCGAGAAAGUUGGGAUCGAGAAUUUCGAGCUCCUCAAGGUGCUGGGGACUGGUGCCUACGGCAAAGUGUUCCUGGUGCGGAAGAUCAGCGGCCAUGACUCCGGGAAGCUGUACGCCAUGAAAGUGUUGAAGAAGGCAACUAUAAUUCAGAAGUCCAAGACGGCAGAACACACGAGGACGGAGCGCCAGGUGCUGGAACACAUCAGACAGUCGCCCUUCCUAGUAACCCUUCACUAUGCCUUCCAGACCGACACAAAACUUCAUCUCAUUUUAGAUUACAUUAAUGGUGGAGAACUAUUCACUCAUUUAUCUCAGCGAGAGAAAUUCACAGAGCGUGAAGUUCAGAUGUAUAUUGGGGAAAUUGUACUGGCCCUUGAACACUUGCAUAAGCUGGGAAUAAUUUAUCGGGAUAUAAAACUUGAGAACAUUCUUUUGGACUCCAGCGGUCAUGUGGUAUUAACAGACUUUGGGCUCAGCAAGGAGUUCCUGUCCGAUGAGAAUGAAAGGACGUACUCCUUUUGUGGGACUAUAGAAUACAUGGCGCCAGAGAUCGUCCGCGGAGGGGAAUCCGGGCAUGAUAAGGCUGUGGAUUGGUGGAGUUUGGGGGUUUUGAUGUAUGAGCUGCUGACCGGAGCAUCGCCUUUUACUGUCGAUGGGGAAAAGAAUUCUCAGGCAGAAAUCUCUAAGAGAAUAUUGAAAAGUGACCCUCCGUAUCCACCAGAAAUGAGUGGACUUGUCAAAGAUCUUAUCCGGGGGUUAUUGAUGAAAGACCCCAAAAAGCGUUUGGGUUGUGGACCGGACGGCUCCGAUGAAAUAAAGAAACAUCCGUUUUUCAAGACAAUUAAUUGGGACGAUUUGGCAGCAAAGAAAGUACCCGCGCCAUUUAAACCUGUCAUUAAGGAUGAGCUGGAUGUAGGGAAUUUUGCUGAGGAAUUUACAGAGAUGGAUCCCACAUACUCCCCUGCUGCUCUACCCAUGAACGCUGACCGAAUAUUUCAGGGAUAUUCUUUUGUCGCUCCAUCCAUCUUGUUCAAGCCCAAUGCCGCCAUCACAGAUCCUAUCCAGUUUCACUUUGGAACGGAGCGUCCUGGCGUCACAAACAUAGCAAGAAGCGCCAUGAUGAAGGACUCCCCUUUUUAUCAGCACUACGAGCUUGAUCUGAAGGAGAAGCCGCUGGGCGAGGGCAGUUUUUCCAUCUGUCGGAAAUGCCUGCACAAAAAAUCCAAUCAGGAGUACGCCGUGAAAAUAAUCAGCAGACGUAUGGAAAGCAACACACAGAAGGAAAUUGCAGCAAUGAGGCUUUGUGAAGGCCAUCCCAAUAUAGUAAAACUGCACGAUGUUUACCAUGACCAGCUUCAUACUUUCCUAGUCAUGGAGUUACUGAAAGGGGGGGAACUGUUUGAACGCAUCAAAAAGAAGAAAUCAUUCAGCGAGUCAGAAGCCAGUUACAUCAUGCGGAAACUGGUGUCCGCAGUCAGUCAUAUGCAUGAUGUCGGAGUUGUUCAUAGGGACCUAAAACCAGAGAAUUUUCUUUUCACAGACGAAAGCGACAGUUGUGAGAUAAAAAUUAUAGAUUUCGGUUUUGCGAGGUUGAAGCCUCCGGAUAACCAGCCUCUGAAAACGCCUUGCUUUACGCUGCAUUACGCCGCGCCGGAACUCCUGAAUGCUAAUGGCUACGACGAGUCAUGUGACCUGUGGAGUCUUGGGGUCAUUUUAUACACAAUGCUGUCGGGUCAGGUACCUUUCCAGUGUCACGACAGAACGGUAACGUACGCCACAGCGGAGGACAUCAUGAAGAAGAUAAAGCAGGGAGACUUCUCGUUUGAAGGAGACAGCUGGAAGAAUGUCUCACAGGAGGCUAAGGAUUUGAUACAAGGGCUUCUCACUGUGGAUCCUAAUAAAAGAAUUAAGAUGUCUACACUGAGGUAUAACGAAUGGCUUCAAGAUGGCAGCCAACUAUCUUCCAAUCCUCUGAUGACCCCCGAUAUCCUUGGCUCUGCCGGAGCUUCUGUACACACACACGUCAAAGCCACUUUUCAUGCCUUCAAUAAAUUCAAGCGGGAAGGCUUCCUUCUCCAAAAUGUGGACAAAGCCCCACUGGCAAAACGCAGGAAGAUGAAGAAGACCAGCACCAGUACAGAGACUCGGAGCAGCUCCAGCGAGAGCUCGCACUCCUCCCAUUCACAUGAUAAAACCUCUCCGUCAAAGACUCUGCAGCCGACGAGUCAAUCCGAGAGCAAUAACCCCGACACCAUCUUCCAGUUCACGGACUAGAGCUACAGCUAGAGCAGCCUUCUUCUCAAACAGCACAGCCGGAUCCAAACAGCCGCCCAGCACCUCCUUCGAGGCUCGCAAGCUAUUAGCCAUCCUUCUACUUUUACUGAGUUCUUUGAUGUGAACCCUUCUGGUGCUGCCCGGAGGCAUGCAGGCACUAAUAAUGGGUGCUCUCAUGAACUUUUUUCCUUUUUCUCCUCUUCCCUUGUGUUUAGGGGGGAAAUUGAAGACCUUCUAAGGGCUGAUGCAGACAUCGCAAUGUCUUGCCUUAUUUAACCCCAAAGCUGCUGUCAAUACC